GGUUGGUCCGUGAGAGUGCGGUUACUCAAGACUGGCAACUAGGCUAGGGAUAGCGAGUAUAUAAGAGGAUCCCAUCUUGUUGUGUGAAUCACUCCACCAUCAAGACGAACAGCAAAAUGAAGAAUGCUGUGUGUUUAGUGGCGGCUUUGGCUGUGCUGGUGGUGGCUGCCGAGGCUCAGGAUACAAAGACAGCCUUCCUAGCUACACUUACACCAGAACAGAUCGACUUCCUGUCUUCCCAGGAGGGUCUUGAUGCUAUGAUCAACUGUUACCCGCAAAAGGAGGGCCCACAGUGCAGCCAACUCGUGUUGAACACACUAAAGGAGUUCCCACAGCUUGUGAGGGAUCACUGUGGUCUCUGUGAUGACACUCAGAAGAAAACCUACAAUGAUGUCCUUGACCAAGUCAGCACCAAAUUCCCAGAUCAAUUCAAUGUGCUGAGGAAACUAUUCCUAAAUUUAUAAUACCUCAGCAGCUGACACUUUUGCUGACAUGCCUGGGCUUGUGUAACCCUGACACCUUUGCUAUCAUGCCUAGGCUUGUGUAGCGGCUGACACUUUUACUGUCAUGCUUAGACUUAUGUAGCAGCCAACACCUUUGCUCUCAUGGCUAGGAUAAUAUUAUCAGCAAACUUUGGUGACACGUGUGUCUUGCAUCAAGCAGGACUCUGCUCUCAACAUUAACAACCAUCAACACCUGCUGUUGCACGUUCCUCUCAACAUUAACAACCAUCAACACCUGCUGUUGCACGUUCCUCUAGACUCGUCAGUCCGCCAACUCAAUAUUCUAUUCGUUAUGAAUCCUUCAUUCAAUUAACAAUUGGUUAUUCAUGUUACUGUAUAAGUAGUAGCACAACGCUGCUUAUGUAUUACAACACAACAAAUAUAUAAUGCUAAUGAA